CGUGCUAGUAGUUGCUCGGUGUGUCUCUGAGCAGGACACGGAGACAUUUGAUUGGUAAUUAGACAACAAUGAGUUCAGUUCAACAUUUCAGAGAGUUAAUCAACGAGCAACUAACUGUUGCUGCUGAAGAAAUCUUCCGACAUUUUCAAACUAUGAUCUCAGAGUACGAAGCAGAGAUCAACCGCCAGCGCAGACUGCUGGAUAUCGUUUGGAAACCUGAGAUAAAGUUACACAGAACAGCAGAUGUCCAGCAGCAGGAGCUGGUGAUAAAAGAAGAGCAUCAGGGGUUGAGCUCCAGUGUGGUCCAGGAGCACCCAAACAUUAAAGAGGAGGGGGAAGCGUUCCUACUUACUCAUUUCCCUGUGCAGAAUGAUGAUGAAGAGAAAUCUCAGUUGUCACAGCUUCAUCAAAGACAAACUGAAGAGAGCAGUGAGUCAGAGCCCCCAGGCAGCAGCUCAACUGAACAGAUGAAAAUAACAGAAGCUGAUGGAGAGGACUGUGGAGGACCAGAAACAGCCAGGAUGUCAGUGUCUGGUUUUAAAUGUCUAUCUGGAUCUGAUGACAAGACUUCAUACUCAUCUGUAGCUGAAACUGAAGAUAAUGCUGGUGAUUGGAAGGAGACCAGGAAAUCUCAGACGGACAUAAAUACUAUGAAAAAAAAUGCAUCUGUAAACAAUAUAGGAUGUAAUACUGGCACUAAAUAUAGCUGCUGUAAAUGUGGUAGAAGAUUUGGCCAAAAGCACCAUCUUAAGACACACAUGAGACGUCAUACUGGGGAGAGACCCUUUGGUUGUACACUUUGUGGGAAAAGAUUUACUCAGAAGGGCAAUCUGACAAAACACCUGAUAGUUCACACACAGAAAAGACUGUGUAGUUGUCCUGUUUGUGGUGAAACAUUUGCACAAAGAGGAAAUCUGACACAACACAUGACUGUCCACACAAGGGAAAAACUUUGUUGGUGAGAGGUUGCCAAAGGGAGACAGAAUUGCAUUAAUGUCAAGAGAUUCAGUAAAAAGUCACAUGUUUAAAAUAAAUAAAGCUGCCAUUGAUUGAGGUGACGUUUUCAGUUGUAAUGAUUGAUUCCUGGCUUCUGUUCACAUUCAUUAGUUUACUAUGUGAAUAAGUAAUAUAGUGGCGAUCCAAACUUUUGACAAUAUAACAGUCAAUGGUUAUAUAUACUAAGUGCUGGUCUUGUUUGGACAUUUAAGACAAAUGUGGAAAAUUCACAGAGAAACUAUACUUGUGUAGUGUAUUUGCAAUGUUGGGACCCUGUCUUCUUCUUCUGGUGUUUUUGCGGAUGAAUAUAUGAAGAGGUGAAAAUACCUCAAAGUAGAAAACCAAAGAGGCAGAGCGAAGAAUGACUGGCAGUGCUCAUCUGCCUGCUCAACAAUGGGGAUUUAUGUCAUUAUUAAUAAUAUUCUGAAGCCUUUCACAAUGGCUAGAGUCAAGCAGCAACAUGAGGGCUGUAGUGAGAGGAGGUGGGAGACUACUGAGGAGAAGACCAAGGAUGAGGCGAGCUGGGUUGAGAGGAGCAAUGGUUGGUGGUGUCCUGGAGGUAGAAGGUGGGGGAAGCAUAUGAUCAGGAUGAGUCAGCAGCGGUGGGAGGGGAGGAGAAUGAGGAUGGCUGUUCCUCUGCAAGUGCGUCGCCACUACGCAUGCAAACCAGCCACAGUUGAGUGAGUUUGAGUUGGAGAUACUGAGAGUCAUUCACAACACAAGCUCCAUGUGUCUUGUGCCAUCACUGACCCAGAUGAACUUACUGCCUGCAGUUACAAUGAUAACAGUAGCUAUAAAAGCCAUGGUCAAAUUUCAUUUUCAUCAGACUGUUUCUGAAGCAAAGCCUAUGCUGUAGGCAACUGAAAAUGUGACAGAGAAUUGAUAACAUAAUCAGCCUACUGUAGUGUAUUAUUUCUGUUUAGUUCUCAAAAACUAACAUUUUCCUCGUUUACUUUAAAAUUCAAGUUAAGCACAGGCUAGUGUGCUCAAUGUCUGCAAUGUCCAGCCUGUCCAGUUCAGGGUUGUGUUUAUAUUAUUUACGUGACUUUAUGUGGGAAUUUAUUUUUUUAUAGACUUAUUUAAUAGAAAUCCACCAUUUACUGCAAUGCAUCAACAUUACUCUUUCGUUAAUGCC